GUUGCUCAGAUUAAAUCAAGUUUUAUUUCAUAUGUCUUAAUAAUUUAAACCUCGUGUAUUUAAAUUUUCCCGAUGCAAGGUUGCAAUGUUGUAGCUAUGGUAACAGGUAUUUGAAAUAAAACACUCACGUAUGAGCGAAAGCGGUUGAUGUAUUGAAUUAUUGGACCUUAAUUACGGUUUUGUAUUUUGAUGGAGCGGAAAAUGACCAAAAAUGGUUGUGUGUUUAUGUUAUAGCCUAUACAUUAACAAAGUUCGAACACCUUUGUCGUUUUGAAUAAUACGAUACUCCUAUGUAGCUUAUUUUCUGUUGUUUUUGACACUGUGCGUAUUUUAAAUCUAGAAUUCAGAUAUCGGUCUUGACAUACAACAAAUAUGAAUACUGCUUUUGUCAUGAUACUGCUGUUUUUGGGGUCAGUAUCAUCUGCUCCGACUCGCGGUAUGAAAAACAAUUUUGGUCACAUUAUAGCUGUGCUUAGUGACUUGGAUGCAGAAUGUAGAGGUUGUGCCAAUAAAGCUACAUGUUGUGAGAUGGCGAUACAAGUACACGCCGAUGGUGAUUUACAAACAUGCGCAGAUUCUGCAACAAAUGACGAGGAGUUAGGUGGUUGUUUCCAACACGCCUAUGAUUCGUAUGGUGUCACGGGAGGAAAACGUCUAUUAGCAAAAAUAAAGGGUUGUCACAAAGACAAUCAUGCUUUAAAAUGCGUGGGGGUGCAUCACGAUCAUUCCAAGCAUGUUCAUUAACGGAAGAAGAGUAUUGGCACCAAUACCGUGAUCAACAUGAAAUAAUCAUCGUGUUAAUGUUUGGAAUGUUAAUUCAAUGAAAUCGAGUUAUUACUAAGAAAUACUGUAAUAAAUAAUCUCAUCCAAUGAAUUUCUGUAAA